CGACACUGGUGAGGGCUUUCGGGCGUGGCCUAGGACGGGCAGCUCCGGGGGCAGCGAUUUCACAUCGGAAACAAAACAGCGGCUGGUCUGGAAGUAAUCUGGUUUGCGAGCGAGUAGCGGCUGCGGCGACGGGAAAAGAACCUAAUCCAGGAGCCUACAAGUGACAGCAGCCCUCGAGGUCCUUAGAUAGCUUGGCCUGGAGGAGAACACAUGAAAGAAAGACCCCCAAGAGGCUUUGUUUUCUGUGAAAAAAUAUUUCUAUACGGUUGCUCCAAUGACAGAAUUACCUGCACCCUUGUCUUACUUCCAGAAUGCACAGAUGUCCGAGGAUAACCACCUGAGCAAUACUGUACGUAGCCAGAAUGACAAUAGAGAACAGCAGGACUAUGGCGACAGGCGGAGACUUGGCAACCCUGAGCCAUUAUCUAAUGGACGACCCCAGGGUAACUCUGGGCCUGUGGUGGAGCGAGAUGAGGAAGAAGAUGAGGAGCUGACACUGAAAUACGGCGCCAAGCAUGUGAUCAUGCUCUUUGUCCCUGUGACUCUCUGCAUGGUGGUGGUUGUGGCUACCAUCAAAUCAGUCAGCUUUUAUACCCGGAAGGAUGGGCAGCUAAUCUAUACCCCAUUCACAGAAGACACCGAGACUGUGGGCCAGAGAGCCCUGCACUCAGUUCUGAAUGCUGCCAUCAUGAUCAGUGUCAUUGUUGUCAUGACUAUCCUCCUCGUGGUUCUAUAUAAAUAUAGGUGCUAUAAGGUCAUCCAUGCCUGGCUUAUCAUAUCAUCUCUAUUGUUGCUGUUCUUUUUUUCCUUCAUUUACUUGGGAGAAGUGUUUAAAACCUAUAACGUUGCUGUGGACUACAUUACUGUUGCGCUCCUGAUCUGGAAUUUCGGUGUGGUGGGAAUGAUUUCCAUUCACUGGAAAGGUCCACUUCGACUCCAGCAGGCAUAUCUCAUUAUGAUCAGUGCCCUCAUGGCCCUGGUGUUUAUCAAGUACCUCCCUGAAUGGACUGCGUGGCUCAUCUUGGCUGUAAUCUCAGUAUAUGAUUUAGUGGCUGUUUUGUGUCCAAAAGGUCCACUCCGUAUGCUGGUUGAAACAGCUCAGGAGAGAAAUGAAACUCUAUUUCCAGCUCUCAUUUACUCCUCAACAAUGGUGUGGUUGGUGAAUAUGGCAGAAGGAGACCCAGAAGCCCAAAGGAGGGUAUCUAAAAACACUAAAUAUAAAGCACAAAGUACAGAAAGGGAGUCACAAGAUGCUGUUGCAGAGAAUGACGAUGGUGGCUUCAGUGAAGAGUGGGAAGCCCAAAGGGACAGUCAACUAGGGCCGCAUCGCUCUACAUCUGAGUCACGAGCUGCUGUCCAGGAAAUUUCCAACAGCAUCCCAGCCAGUGAAGAUCCAGAGGAAAGGGGAGUAAAACUUGGAUUGGGAGAUUUCAUUUUCUACAGUGUUCUGGUUGGUAAAGCCUCAGCAACAGCCAGCGGAGACUGGAACACAACCAUAGCCUGUUUUGUAGCCAUAUUAAUUGGUCUGUGCCUUACAUUACUACUCCUCGCCAUUUUCAAGAAAGCAUUGCCAGCUCUUCCAAUCUCUAUCACCUUUGGGCUUGUUUUCUACUUUGCCACGGAUUAUCUUGUACAGCCCUUCAUGGACCAGUUAGCAUUCCAUCAAUUUUAUAUCUAGCACAUUUGCAGUUAGAAUCCCAUCAAUGUUUCUCCUUUGACUAUAAUAAAAUCUGGGGAGGACAAAGGUGAUUUGCCUGUGUCCACAUCUAACAAAAUCAAGAUUCCCGGCUGGACUUUUGCAGCUUCCUUCCAAGUUUUCCUGACCACCUGCAGUAUUGGACAUUGGAAGGAGAUAUCUUUAGAAAAUGGUUUUGAACACCUUCAUCAUGGUGGACUGUGUCCCUCGGUGCAAAACUACCUGAUUUGAGGGACAAGGACAAGGAAACGUGAUGGGCCAAGAAGUUGCUGUGCUCCCUCAACGGUUUGACCCUUUGUCACAGGGAGAUUUUACCAACGCUGCAGACGCUCAGGACUACCAUUACCAAAAGGUUAAAUGAAGUGGUUUAAACCAAACAGAACUCUUCAUCUUAAACUACAUGUUGAAAAUCAACCUAAUAAAUCUAUAUUAAUUGAAUUCUGAACCUUUGCAGGAGAUACUGUGAGGAGAGCAAGCACCAGCAGCAAAAUGGAGAGGUGGAGAGGGGCUCACGCUUUCACUUCCAGACUUCUUUGCUGCAGAUUUAUAAUUUUUAAAUAAGACUCCCCCCAGCCCCCACUUUGAGUCAAGUCAUAUGUGUAAGUUGAUUUUGACCAUUUUUGUUCUCAAGCACUGAAAUUCAUUACCAUCUCUGGUCACCAUUUCUUCCCAAGGCCAGUCUGAACUUAUUUGAAGUUGCUUUAUCCUAAAAGUAUUAACCUCAGGUUCCAAAUUCAGUAAUUUCUGAAAAUAAUGGAACUAUUGCUCAACAAUUCCCUAUCAUCCUUAAGUUAAUUCUGGAUUUUCCAUCAAAUUCCUAAUUUUUAGAUACACGUGUAGGUUCACUUGCCCCGAGAUGCCUCCUCUGUCCCAUCCCUCUCUCCAUUCCCAUGCAAGCAGUCCUCUCCUACAGCAAGUAAGGCAGCUCUGUCAUGGUAGCAGAUGAUCCUGGUAUUCUAGGAUUUUACUCUUUGUAUGGUGCAAAGAAUGUGUUAUGAAUCAGUGCUAUCAGCCUUGCUGUCGUACCUUCUUCCAUAGCAGAUACGAUGUGUGCCCAAAGACAGUAGAAUUAAAGAAGAGUAAAAUGGCUGGUGAAGCAC